AUGGCAACGAUCGAAGCCACAGGAACUGUGCCUACAAUGGCUACCAAAUCACCUACAGGCGACGACAAAAUUCCUUCCGCAAAAGUCGUUAACAAGGCGACACCUAAGACCAGCAGAAGAGGCUAUGGGCUGAAAGUCUUGGUCGAGCCAAAGGACACAGACGAUAUAGACAUUGAUAUCGUAGCAGUCCACGGAAUCGGCGAAGCCAAGCCAGAAGACGCAUGGGUUCACCCAGAUACCAAAGUCAACUGGCUGAGCGACCCAACCAUGCUUCCUGAUGCUCUCCCCAAAGCACGCAUCCUUACAUAUAAUUACGUCUCUUACUGGUACGGAGAUGAUGCAGUCAAGCAAAAGGUUGACACUGUCGCUGGGAAGAUGUUAAAUGCAUUGGACGGAAAGCGGACAACUUGUGCUCAACGUCCUAUACUGUUCAUUGGUCACUGUUUCGGAGGCCUGGUAAUUCAAGAGGCCUACAAUAUUGCAAACUCGCACCGUGAAGACCACCCAAGAGUGGCCAAUUGUAUCGCGGGUGUGGUAUUUCUGGGCACUCCGCAUGCCGGUAUCCAGGAUAGCGCCGCAUUUAGCACACUGGGACAACUGUACCAGGGCAUUGCACAGUCACAGCUCCCCAUUGAGGAUCAUGCACUGCAGACCAUGGCUCAAGAUAAUGACGUUCUUGUCAGAACCGUGCACACUUUCACUAGAAGCAUCACCAACCAGGCAAGCAAUGUUAAUGCUACCAAGCUUUUCUGCUUCUUUGAAACUCAAACUAAAGUUAUCGAGACAAACGGUGAAAAAGUGAAGUUCCUCGUCCAUGAGUCCACCACGACCUUGAGUGGUCAUGAGAAAGAAGGCCUCCAUCUUGAUCACUUUGGUCUAAACAAGUUUGAGGCGCCCGACGACGACUGCUUCGAAGUUGUCAAGAACCGGCUGGUCAAGAUUGCCAGCAAUAUUCAGAGGAUGACUGACAGUCCCAGAGCGGAACGAUCGCCUCGCAAUGCAUUCUCGCCUCCGCAGUCUCCAGCUUCUCCGAGGAGACACCACAUUCCAUCGCUAGCUGCCCCAAUUGCCCGAGAAGCCUACUUUGCAAAGAGAAACAAAAUCCUCGAUGUCGUGGACGAAAGAUUCCAUGCGUCAAUGAAUGUAGCAUUGGUUGGCGAGUCUGGUAACGGAAAGACGCAUGUCGCGGUAGAAUAUGCCCACAAGUUUCAUGAACAACACCCCGAUGCAUCCGUACACUGGGUCAAUGCCGGUAGUGCAUCACAGUUCGAGCUCUCAUUCAAACGAAUCGGCGAAAACCUGCAUCUGAGCAAGAAAAGUCUAGACAAUGAAGACGUGCUCGAACUUGUGUAUGACACUAUGCGCCAAGAUGUUGGAGGGCAAUGGCUCAUGGUGUUGGAUGGAUUGGAUGACAAGAGCCGGCUCGUCGUGAAAGACGAAAAGGGGGUCGAGCGAUGUCUUUUGGAUUUCAUUCCAAAAUCUCACCGGGCUCGGAUCUUGACUACCACUCGAUCAAAGUCGUUGGCCAUGACAAUGGUGGCCAAGAAAGUUGAAUGCGUCCUCGACAUCCAAACACUGCCCGAGGGUGAUGCGUCCUAUCUCUUGUAUGGAAAAGAGAUUACCGACGAAGCCAAGAAGAAAGCUGCCGCCGAUGUCUCAAAAAGGCUUGGAGGGUCGGCGGGGUUGCUCGUGUUAGCGCACACCUACAGAAAAGCCACACGCGCAUCGUGGAAGCCGAGAAACUAUUUGGACACCAUUCGCGGGUCUGCUGAAGCCAAAGAUGGCGAUGACCCUGCACUGAGAGCAUGGGAACCCAUCUAUCAAAUCAUCAAGGAAAAGAAUCCAAAUGCAGCACAGUUGCUACUCUUUAUGGGUUCAUUGGAUGUUCAGAGCAUCUCUACUGUCCUUUUUGAAAGACAGGAGCUUCGCCAUAUUGAGCAGCUGGUCGACUACGGCAUGGUCGAACCAUCCACUGACCGGAGGCUCUACACCGUCACACCUCUUAUACGUCGGUGUGUGCAGACGUGGUUGGUAAAGACCAACGAGCAGGAUGAUAUUAGAGAGCAUUCCCUCUCCAUCAUGUGCGAAAAGUUUCCCAUGGACGACGGCAAUACAGCCGACCUCUUACUGCCAUGCGCUCUUGUCGUUCUGGAAUUUGAACCCAAGUCAGCGGAAGCAAAGCGCAAUAUGGCAACAUUGUUGUUCAGAGUUGGUCAGCACCAUGUGCGACUCAGGCGAAGACAAAUGGCGCUUGAUUAUUUGAAAAGUUGCAUAUCGCUACAGGAAAGUGAUCGAGAGAGUAAACCUGAAGCGAAAGAAGCAACGAAGCGCGCUAUAGCCGAGGUUCAAGCCCAAGGGAAACAACUAGUCGAACAAUCAAAAGCGCAACCACCGAAGAAACGUGAGGACGUUCAAAUCGACAAGGCCAGGGCCGAACUGCGUGAUCUUGAAAACCAUCUAGGCAAGGAUCACUACGAAGUAGUGCGAAAAGCUAGCGACCUCGCCAAUCUACAGGUACUGCGCGGAAGCAAGCGUGACCAUGACGAGGCUAUAGGGCUUUACCAGCGGGAAACACAGUAUUACAAGGACUCGAAAUUUGAGGUUCCCAUGGAUACAGCUCGAAAUCAGUACAACCUCGCUCUGGCGCAUGAGAACAGCGGUCAACUGGACAAGGCCAUGUCGCUGUAUCAAUCCGCAUCAGAGAUCACCGAGCGUCACCUGGGCCCCAGUCAUCCACAGCUGCUGCGGUCCUAUGGCAACAUGGCAUCGCUUUAUGGCAAGCAAGGUCAAAUGGAGCAAGCUGAGAGGAUACUUGCCGUAGUCCUGCAGAACCAACGAAAGAGUCUAGGAGAAGAUCAUCCCGAGACUCUCGACACUCGGAGGAAUGUGGCCAUGGUACUUGAAGGGAAGGGCCAGAUCAAAGCCGCCAAAGGCGAACUCGAAAAGAUUCUAGCAUCACAAAUGCGCUUGCGAGAUGAGCCCGCCAUGCUGCGGACAUCGUGCAGCAUUGCCACAAACUAUAGACUGCGCGGAAGGUUCAAGGAAGCUCGGGAAUGGCUUGAGUCAACCUUGGCGGUACAGGAGAAGCUGCUAGGCAAGACUCAUCAUGAUACCGCAACAACACGAGUGAUGCUGAAAGAGUUGGCCGCAGUUGAAAAGACAAAUGGCGUCCCGAAUGAGGAAAAGAGUCUGGCAUUAGUGCAACAGGACGUCAGAUAA